GUCGCCUCCGUGUGAAGGUGAACGUAUUAUUUAUAUGCGCACACGCACACACUAAUUACCGAAUCGCAGCAAGUUGUCAGCAGUAGCGCACUGAUAGCGUUUUAGUGCAAGGUGCAACGAACAAGUAGGCAGCAAGCUCGCCGAAUCGUUAAAAUUUAUUAACCUAGCCGCUAGCUAGCGAAUAGACUAUAAUAGUGUCGUACCGUUAGUAAUUGGCGGCGUGUGUCAAUUUUUCAACUCGCGUUCACUGUUCUGCCGACAAUAUCACCGCCGCCGUCAAACGUUUUACGUCCGUCACACUCGCUGACGUCCGCUAGUACCUACCUACACCAUGCAGUCAGCGCCGUCGGGCCCGACGUCGUCUGAUAGUCGAUUGUGACGUAGAUUGUGGAACAGCGUAUCAUACGUAACCAAUCAAUAUGACGACUAUUAUCCUUAUUCGUUUUGUUUGUUAUACGACUGAUGUUGAGAAUUGAGUCUUCCCACAAUUGGCCGGUGUUGGGCGAGCGCCAUGGCUGCCUGCACGGUUUCAUUUCUAUUGUGGAUAGUCGCAUUACAAUGGAUUUCAGCUCAAGACUAUUCUUCUCAGUGGGCGGCUCACAUCGAAGGUGGAUUAGAAAUAGCCAAAAGAAUAACAGAAAAACAUGGAUUUGUUUUACUAGGGGAGAUAUUUCCAGACUAUUAUCAUCUAGAACACAAUCAUGUAUCGAAGCGAUCAGUUAACCCAGGGCUUGAACAUCAUAAAAAAUUAACAUCAGAACAAAAUGUGAAGUGGGCAAAACAACAAAGAAUUUUAAGUCGAUCAAAACGAGACUACUUAACUUAUGUUCGAGAUAGCAGAAGUUCAAAAAGAUUUGCAAUUAAGGGAGGAUUAAAUGAUCCAAAAUGGCCAAAAAUGUGGUAUUUAAACCGUGGUAGAGAUAUGGAUAUGAAUGUUCAAGGUGCUUGGGAAGAAGGGAUUACAGGAAAAGGAUCUGUUGUUUCAAUAUUAGAUGAUGGCUUAGAAAAAGACCACCCAGAUCUAAUAAAAAAUUAUGAUCCCUCAGCUAGUUAUGAUAUGAACAAUAGAGAUGAAGACCCAAUGCCUAGAUAUGAUCAAAUGGACACAAACCGUCAUGGUACUAGAUGUGCUGGAGAAGUGGCAGCAACUGCUAACAAUUCUCUGUGUUCGGUUGGUGUUGCAUUUGGUGCGAGUAUAGGUGGUGUUCGAAUGUUAGAUGGAGAUGUGACUGAUGCAGUUGAAGCUCGAUCUUUAAGUUUAAAUCCUCAGCAUAUUCACAUCUAUAGUGCAUCAUGGGGUCCAGACGAUGAUGGUAAAACUGUUGAUGGGCCUGGUGAAUUAGCUACUCGAGCAUUUCUUGAGGGUAUAUCAAAAGGCCGGGGUGGUAAAGGAUCAAUAUUUAUAUGGGCAUCUGGUAAUGGUGGCCGUGAACAUGAUAAUUGUAAUUGUGAUGGAUAUACAAAUGCUAUCUGGACAUUAAGUAUAAGUAGUGCUACACAAAAUGGUCAUGUCCCUUGGUAUUCAGAAGCUUGUAGUUCAACUUUAGCAACAACGUAUAGUAGUGGAAGUAAUUAUGAAAGCCAGAUCAUUACAACAGAUCUUCAUCAUGAAUGUACUAGUAAUCAUACUGGUACAUCUGCAUCAGCGCCAUUAGCUGCAGGGAUAGUAGCUUUAACAUUAGAAGCUAAUAAUAAACUAACUUGGAGAGAUAUGCAACAUAUUGUAGUGUUAACAGCCAGACCAACUCAUUUAUUAGCUUCUGAUUGGAUUAUUAAUGGUGUUGGUACGAAAAGUCAUUCUUUUGGCUAUGGUUUAAUGGAUGCUACUACAAUGGUAAGAUUAGCUCGUAAAUGGAAAACUGUUCCAGCUCAACAUAUUUGCAAUGUUACUGCUCAAGUUUUUGAAAAACCAGUACCUGCACGUAGCACAGUCACAAUACAACUUUUAGUGAAAGAAUGCAAUAGCGUGAAUUUUUUAGAACAUGUUCAAGCUAAAAUAUCAUUAACAGCUAGUAGACGUGGUGAUAUAAAAAUUGAUUUGACUUCUCCAAGUGGUACUAAAUCAACACUACUUGCUCCAAGAACUCAUGAUAAUUCUCAUGCUGGAUUUCAUGUGUGGCCAUUUAUGACUGUACAUAUGUGGGGAGAACGUCCUUUUGGUAUUUGGCAAUUGACUAUUCAUAAUGAAGGAAAAUUAUUAGGUCGAUCUUCUUUACACGAGUGGUGUUUGAUAUUGUAUGGUACUAAAUAUUCCCCAAGGACAUUAUCUCCUAAUAUCUAUCCUGUGGAACAGCCACCCAAACCAAUUCCCCGAAGGAAUUCCAAAAAUACAAAAAAAAAAUCAAAAAAAAGUAAAUCACAAAAACAGUCUACCACUCCAGUUAGUACCCUGAUAAAACAAAAUGUUUCUAGUUAUAAACCAAAUGUUCAUAUUGUUCUAUUUCCUAUUAAAAAUUCUUCCAAAUUGUCUCCUACACUAACAGACAACAUCCAAACAUAUCCUAGCAGCCAUAGACUCUACAGUUUACAAAAUGUGGAUGGCAGGCAGACAAAAAAAAAUUUGUCGCCUGAAAGAAACAUAUCACCUACAACUUCAGCUACCAUGACUGACUGGGAAAUGGUAUUUUAUGGAACAAUAUUACCUCCAGAACAAACACAUAUACUUCCUACUAUGAAUAUAAACCAAAAUCUGACAUCAGAAGAUGAACCUGAAAUAAAUUUCAAAUCUGGAGAAUGUCGCGUGACCACUGCUAAAUGUUUAGAAUGUGCAUUUGGAUAUAACAUAUACAAUGGUGAAUGUACUGUCAAUUGUCCGGUCAAAACAUAUGCAAAUAACGAUGGUGUAUGUUCUGAUUGUCACUAUACAUGUUAUAAAUGUAAUGGACCAAAUGAUUAUCAGUGUACAACUUGUUGGGGAGAUGCAGAUCUGACCCAUGCCUUAGGACAAACCUACUGUUAUUCAAAGAAUAUUAAGCAUUUACUGGACGAUAAGACAUGGCAUAUAAUAGCAACAGUACUGCUGAUCAUCAAUAUAUUUAUAUUACUUAUAUUUUGUAAAGGAGGAAUUUGUACAAGAUAUAAGCCAGGAUUAGAUCAUGGAGAUUAUAGACUAGCAAAUCAAAUUGAAGGUGACGAUUGUUGAACAAAUUUUUAAACAUAGUUUUUAACCUUAUUUAAUAUUCAAAUUUUUAUAGUACUGUUAAAAUGUUAAAGAAUUGAGUUUUAAUAAUAGACAUCCUUGUCAAGUAGUUAAAAAUUCAUAUAUUUAUUUUGUUAACUAUUAAAGUUAUAGUAGAUUGUAUAUUUUAUCUUAAAACUUAUAGAUGUUAUUUUGUUUAUUAUUUUUAUAUAAAUUAAUUUAUAGAUUAAAAACAAAUUAUUUAUUGAAUACUUUAAGCCAUAAUAAUAUAUAUAUUAUUU